UGCCACUGAAAGAGGAGAGUCAAGAACUGAAUGAAAUGGAAGAGAAAGAUCAGUAUGAGAAAUAUCAUGAUUUCAUGGGUGGAGAGAAUUCUUUCAGCUACUCAGAGACUUACAAAACAGAAACUAGAAACCUUCAAGUUCAGAUGAGAGUUCACACUGGAGAGAAGCCUUUCACCUGUCAACACUGUGGAAAGGGGUUCAGUCGAAAAGACAGCCUUAAAGGCCACUUAAAAAUCCACACUGGAAAGAAUCUGAUCAUAUGCCAUCAGUGUGGAAGGAGUUUUACACAGAAAAAAAACCUUAAUGCCCACAUGAGAAUUCACGCUGGAGAGAAGCCUUACACCUGCAAACUGUGUGAGAAGAGCUUCUCACGAAAAGAAAGCUUUAAGACCCAUAUGACAGUUCACACUGGAGAGAAGCCUUUCACCUGUCAACACUGUGGAAAGGGAUUCAGUCGAAGUGAAAGCCUUAAAGGCCACUUAAACAUCCACACUGGAGAGAAGCCUUUCAUUUGUCUUCAGUGUGGAAAGAGUUUUACACAGAAAACAACCCUUAAAGCCCACAUGAAAAUUCACACUGGAGAGAAACCUUACACCUGCAAACUGUGCGGGAAGAGCUUCUCAAUUAAAGGAAAUCUUAUGACUCACAUGAGAGUUCACACUGGAGAGAAGCCGUUUGUUUGUGAUCAGUGUGAAAAGAGUUUCAGAUAUAAAGCACACCUUCGUAAUCACAUGAGGAUUCACUCAGGAGAGAACUGUUUUGAAUGUCAUCAGUGUGGAAAGAGUUUCUCACACAGAGAGAACUUUGAUAAUCACUUAAGAAUUCACACUGGAGAGAAGCCUUUCACCUGCCCUCAGUGUGGAAAGAGUUUCAUGGCUAAAGGAAACCUUAAUAUUCACAUGAGAGUUCACACUGGAGAGAAACCUUACAAGUGUCUUCAGUGUGAAAAGAGUUUCGCAUAUCACACAGAACUGAAACGGCAUUUGCAAACUCAUUCUGCAAAGAAACUGCCAUUGUCCUCAGUGUGAUGAGGUUUAGAAAAAGAAGCGAUUUCAACAAUCAUCUGUGCAUUCACUCUGGAGAAAGACAAUUCGAUUGGGAUCAGUCCAAUAAAAAUAAAUCACACUUUUACAUACAUGAAUGUCAUGUAAAUGUCAGACCCUGAAACAUAUCCACGUUUAAGUGUUGAUUAAAA